ACUGAUCGUACUCACACCAGAUGUUUUGUUGUAUUGUUGUGGUAGCUUCAAGCUUCAUCCUUCCGAAAAAUAAACAAAAAUAAACCUAGUCCUUUAUCCUUUGCAUUUAGCAACAAGGAUAAAUGAUAAAUCCUGUAAAACCAGGCGACCACAUUUAAAAAUAGAUCGACCUUUUUAGAUUUUCUAUCUAAAAUAGUGAACAUUUGAAUUAUUGUUAGGUUAGAUAUUUUUUUAGUGAAAAGUGAAAAUAUCAAGAAGAAAUGAAAAUGAAACGAAAGAGAAAAAAUGCAUGUCCAUCUCCAUUACUGGAUGAUAGUCCUAAAAGGACGAAAGUUCAUGCUCAACGGAAAUUUGCACAAGGUUCUAACGUUAAUAGUCCUGUAAUCACACCAAUAAGAGAGCUGGAAUCAGAAAGUCCUGAAGCAGCAAUACCAGAACCUGUAGAACUUUUGCCAAUAAAAAGACCAAACACUGAAGACUUUCUGACAUUCUUGUGCUUCCGAGGGACCCCCAUAUUACCGCCGAACUUGAAUUUUUUCAAUACAGCAUCUAUAGUUGAUACUAAUGGGCAAGUACAUGAAAUCAAGAGCGAGUCUUCACCAAAAAAUGGACCUAUUGAUAUAGCAAAGUGUGGUUCUUCUUCAGAAAAACCUUUUGUAGCGUUUGGGGUGCGUAAAAGAGCUGAUCCAAUUGUUAUAAGUCGUCAGAUGGAUAGAAAAAGAAGACAUGCUCUAGCUUUACAAGCCUUACGCAGAAAAUACCAAGAACAAAAGAUGGCAAAGAUCAGAGCAUUGACAAUAAGUAAACUAUCUGAAAAAGUAACUAAUAAAACAUUGGUUAGAACUAAUACAGUAUCAAAAACUGAAACUAUUACCAAAAAGACCAACACUGGGGCACUUCAGAAGACCAAAGUGGUAGCCACCAAACAUAUAAAAGUAACCACACGCACUUUGAAAACUACUAUGAGACCUAAAUUGAAAAUAAAACAGAAUAUGUGUCUGAGAAGCUUCAGGGGAAGGUUUAUACAACAGGAAUUGCCUUUCAGGAAACGAGUUGAUCUUCCCAACAAACCCAUUGGCAGAAACCCUCCUGAAAGAAAAAUACAAGUCAGGAAGAAACUUGAAGAAACUGAUAAAAGUAGCCAACCUUCUACAAGCAGACAGCCUAAACCUAUUGUCAAGAAAGUUAUUGCAGCAUCAAAUUCAGUUGGUAGGAGAUCGACAAGAUCCAACCUAAUAAACACAAAAUCUGAAAUAAGACGGAAACAAAUCAAGAGAAUACUUAUCCCCAAUUCUCACACCAUCAUAAAACCCAAACAAAGGUCUCUUAGAUUGACGACAUUGAAAAAAAGUGUUAUAUCACACAAAAAGAAUCGGCCGAUUAAAGUAAAGCAAAAUGUACGCAAUACCUCGCAAGAAACGUCUAUAGAGAAUACUAAAAAACGAGAAACAAAAACCGAACAGAAAAAGACUACGACGAACAAAAAAGGGGAGCUUCAAAAGAUGGAAACCAGACGCCUCAGAGAGACGGUCAAUCAAAGCAUGGAAUCAAAAGAGACCAAUAAAGGUAAAGACAUUGUAAAAGAUUACAAAAAGGUCACCGAUUUGAAAGAAGUCAGCAAAACAAUAGAUGGAAAUAGACGGCACCUAACUAGAUCCUUGGAUAACAGAAAAGAAGUUAACAUUUCCACGGAUAUAAAAAGAAGAAAUAACGUAGCCAUUGCUAUCAAGAAAAGCAGAAUUUCCAAUGUGAUCCAGAAGAAAUUCAGUACCAAAAAUCCACCGAAUACAAAAAAGGCUGCUAAUAACUCUGACGGCGCAGAAGAAACUAACAAAAGAAUCACCAGACAAUCUGAUGGUACCAAAGGUGGAAACAGUAAGAAAGAAGCUCCUGCAGAAGAUUCCAAAAUUAGUGAUAAACGAAAAUCGACUGGAAAGAAAAACAAACCCAAAUCCACUGAUCAAUCGGAAGAAUCUGAUAAUGAAACAGAUAAAGAUAAAGCAAAGAAAUUCAAAGGGAAAUACGUUAAAAAUGCCGAUAAAGACGACGAAAAUUCUUCAGAUACUGACACAACUGAUAAAGAAUCAGAAAAUAUAAAAAAACCUAAGAAAACGAAACCCAAAAAUGGCGAAAAGGAAGCUGCUAAAGAAAAGACCAAACCGAGCUUGUACAAAAAUGAAAAACCUUCUAAAAAUACCCCAAUUGAUGAACCAGACGUUUUAGAAACAGAAAAGUCCCAGUUAAAGGAAGAUAACGCGAAAAAAGAUCAACAAACUAAACAGAAAUUUGACGAUAUAAAGUUAAUUGAAGAUAAAUGCAAACAGGUCGCUAAUAAAAACGAACACCCUGAUAAGAUUGCCUACAAAGACAAUGAAAUAGAUACCGGAAACGUUAAAAAUCCUAAAGAAGUUAAAAAAAUUGAAACUGAAACUUGUAAAAUAACUGAAAUUCUGCAUAAACCAGUUAGCGAAGUAUAUACAGCACAAAUUACAAGUAAAACGAAACAAACCAAACAUAAAGCAGAUAUCGAAUCGAAGAGCAAAAUAAGCAAGAACGAAAAUGCUAAAAUAAAAGACGAGCAUAUUAAAGCUGUAGAAGAACCGGCCGACAAGAAAAUUGAAAAAAAUGUUUCCAAAAAAGUACCUGUUGAAUUUAAAACAACAUUUAACACAGAGGACAAUGAAAAGGGAACAGAAGACAAUAAUCCAAUGAAAAUAGUAGAAAGGAUGAAAUCAAGUGUAUCACUUGAGGAACCUUCAGUUACUGAAGUAGUUUUGAAGAAACCAAAGAAAAAAGAUGAUAUAGAAGUAAUACUAAUACUUACUGAAAAAGAUGAAAGCAAAAACGUAGAUGUCUUUAAGAAAUCUAAGAAAAAAGAUGACACAGAAGAAAUAGUAAUAGUUAGUGAUCAUGAUGAAUGCAAAAACGAAGACGCCUUAAAUAAAUCUAAAAGAAAAGAUGAGAAAGAACAUACAGUUGGUACUGAUAACGACAAAAGUAAGAAAGAAGAAGUUUUAAAUAAAGGACAAAAUGAAGAAGAAUUGUUGGUCAGUGAACAGGAUGAAAGGAAAAACGAAGUAGUAUUAAAGAAAUCCAAAAGAAAAGAUGGUAAAGAAUCAACAAUUGAUGAUCAGGCUGAAAGCAAGAACGAGGAUGUGUCGAAGAAAACGAAAAGAAAAGAUAUUAAAGAAUUAACAGCGACUCACCAUGAUGACAGUAAGAAAUCUAAAAGAAAAGACGAUAAAGAACUAACAGUUAAUGAUCAGGAUGAAAGCAAGCAUGAGGAGGUAUCGAAGAAAACAAAAAGAAAAGAUAUUAAAGAAUCAUCAGCUACUGACCAUGAUGACAGUAAGAAAUCCAAAAGCAAAGAAUAUAUAGAAUUAACUGUUUAUGAUCAGGAUAAAAGCAAGUAUAAGGAGGUGUCAAAGAAAACGAAAAGAAAAGAUAUUAACGAAUCAACACUUAAUGAUCAGGAUGAAAGCAAGCAUGAGGAACUGUCGAAGAAAACGAAAAGAAAAGAUAUUAAAGAAUUACCAGCUACUGACUAUGAUGACAGUAAGAAAUCCAACAGGAAUGACGAUAAAGAAUCAACAGAUAAUGAUCAGGAUGAAAGCAAGCAUGAGGAGGUGUCGAAGAAAACGAAAAGAAAAGAUAUUAAAGAAUCACCAACUACUGACCAUGAUGAGAGUAAGAAGUCCAAAAGCAACGACGAUAAAGAAUCAACAGUUAAUGAUCAGGAUGAAAGUAAGCAUGAUGAGGUGUCAAAGAAAACGAAAAGAAAAGAUAUUAAAGAAUUACCAGCUACUGACCAUGAUGACAGUAAGAAAUCCAAAAGGAAAGACGAUAAAGAAUCAAUAAUAGUUAAUGAUCAUGAUGAAAGUAAGCAUGAGGAGGUGUCGAAGAAAACGAAAAGAAGAGAUAUUAAGGAAUCAACAGCUACUGACCAUGAUGAUAGUAAGAAAUCCAAAAGCAAAGACGAUAAAGAAUCAACAGUUUAUGAUCACGAUGAAAGCAAGCAUGAGGAAGUGUCGAAGAAAACGAAAAGAAGAGAUAUUAAAGAAUCAACAGCUACUGACCAUGAUGACAGUAAGAAAUCGAAAAGGAGAGAAGAUAAAGAAUCAACAGUUAAUUAUCAGGAAGAAAUCAAGCAUGAGGAGGUGUCGAAGAAAACAAAAAGAAAAGAUAUUAAAGAAUCAACAGCUAUUGACCAUGAUGAAAGAAAGAUAUCCAACAGGAAAGAUGAUAAAGAGUUAAUAAUUACUGAAGAUGAAAUGAUUCUCAAGAAAUCUAAAAGGAAAGACGACAGUAAAGAUUCUAACAAAUUUGUUUCUGAAAAAGAAGAGGCUGUUGCCAAAUCUCAAAGACCUUCCAGGAAAUCCAAAGAAGCCGCUGCCAUCUACAUGGAAAUACUGAGCCAUAAACUGGUCAAUGAUGGUAUAGGCGAUGAUGAUAAUAUAUCGAUAGAUAGCUUCCCUGAAUUGCCGAACGUAAAGAGGACCGAACAAAGAGAAAAUGAGUUGAAAGCAAAAGCUAAAACCUCGAAAGAUGAUAAAGAUAUUGAAGAAAAUGAUGAAGAAACAGUUACAGAAGUACCCGAAGUCUGCAAUAAAAAAGCUAUGAAAGCUAAAGAUAUUGAAAGUAUUGCUACUUGCAGUGAAAUAGAUAUUACAGAUAGUGUCGAAGAUGGCAAGAAAUCUUCUGAUAAUCCUAAAAACGUGUGUAAAAGAAAAUCGGUUAAUGACAAUCCUACUGAAAUUGAAUUUGCAAAAUCGAAAUUGCGAAAAUCUGAUACAACAAAAUCUCCCGAAAUUAAAGAAACUGAAGAUAAACCUAAAAGAUUAAUGAGACAUUCAGUCCAAAUUACUCAAACCGAAGAAAACGAUUCAGAUGAAUCAUUUCACAUCGACGUUAAGGUUCCCAGAAAGAAAAAGAUCACCAGAAGCAGAGUGUCCACCAGAGUAACCAGAGGUAUUAAAACUGUCAACCUGUCGUCAAGCGAUUCGGAAAAUUCUACCACGUCCGAUGUAAAUAUUCAUUCUGAAACAAGUAACAAGAAGAAUAAGAAGUUUUCCAAAACCAAAUCGAUAAAGAAAGCGGAGAUUAAUUACAGUGAUAGCGAUGAUGAGCCCUUAUCCAAACGAACGAUUAAAACUGUGGACAGCGGGCAGAAAUCGUCAACAAAAGCAGAUAAAUCCAGUACCAAAGAUGCCGUGAAGAAAUCGGUACCUAUACCAACUAGAAUGGAAACAAAACCCAAAAGAGAAUGCGCGAAAUUGCCGCAAAACUAUUUACCGAUGCUAUCAUCAUCAGAUGAAGACGAAAUCUUCCACGGUUUUGCCGAAAAAGUCGAACCGAAACCCAAAACCUUUGAGGUCGCUUGCAGCCACGUGCCCCCUUUACUGGAUCUUCUCAACAAAGAUUUAGGUAGGCGGUUCGGUAAAGAGAAGGUCAACAUGUCCAACGAACAGAUCGAGAAGUGGCUGAAAGAUUCGGCUCUAGCCGGAAGCAGCAUCAAGAAGGAGAACGACGAAAUGUUGAAAUUCGGGGAACGAAUACCGACGGAAACGAAUUUAGAAAUUUCUGAUAGCAUAGAUACCGAAAAAUUAAAAGAAUCUUUACUGGGAGAACAAAAGGAUCAAUCUAAAGACAUUAAAAUUGAAGAUACCAGUACAGCUUUGGCCAAAAUCGAAAUUACCCCAAAAUCAGGAGACGCGACGAAACCGGCGGUCGAUAGAAAGCUGAUUUUUCGUAAAAGCAAAUCUGUGUGUGUCCCUACGCCGAACGUGAGCGCUUUUUCGCCCGAAAACGAGAGCAGCGUGUACGCUUUCGGUGAAGAAAAUGAGGAGACUAUCAGUACGCCAUUCAGAAGACCGUCUAGACGGCCUUCUAGUACUGCAACGUCUAAGUCUGAGGACGAGAGCUCCAAAAUUGAGGAUUCUUCAAGAACCGGUCAGUUCCGCAAACCCACUACCAAACAAAUCACCAAAGACGAACCAGAACCGGUUCCAAACCCUCCGGAAACCGAAGACAGCACGCAAUUUUACAUCCCUCAACAACCCACCAAAUCAUCGGUGCUCAAAUCGCAGAAUAAAUCUCUGUUCAAAUCAAAAAGUUCGGAAAAGUUACCGGAUAUUGACGAAUUCAAAUACAAAAUCCCUAGUUCGCCGAGCGCUAGCUCUUCCUCCAGCGCUAAACUGUACAAGCGCCAAACGCAAAAACAGAAGAACAAGUCAUUGGAUUUCAUGACUCCGUCUUACGUGUCCGACUUUCCUAAACAUAACGAACAGUCACGGUUAGUGGAAGCCCCCGUAUUCCACCCUACCGAACAGGAGUUUCAAGAUCCCCUGGAGUACAUAGAAAGAAUCAGACACAAAGCCGAGCAGUUUGGUAUUUGCAAGAUAGUGCCGCCCAGUAGCUUCAAGCCGGAGUGCAAAGUGACUGAUGACAUGCGAUUUACCGCUUACAAUCAGUAUGUGAACAAGAUGCUUUAUAGAUGGGGGCCGAAUUUUAAGGAGUUUAUGGCCAUCAAGAAGUAUCUGGAGACACAGAGUAUCAGUUUGAGUCAUCCACCAUGGAUCGGCGGAAUGGAAAUCGACCUACCACGUUUAUAUCAAACUGUUCAAUGUCUGGGCGGUCUGAAGGAAGUCAUCGAAAAGAAAAAAUGGUCCAAAGUUUCCGAACUGAUGAAAAUACCCAAAUCGGCACAAGAUCGCGUUACGAAAUUAGACGACAUCUAUUGCAAAUACUUGUUACCUUAUGAUACUCUUUCGCCAGCCGAAAGGGAGAAGCUCUUCGACGAAGUCGAGACAGAAUGGGCCAAAAAGGAAUCUAGAAAUUUAGUAAAAUCGCAAGAGGGUAAACUGGAUGAAGGUGAUUCUGAGAUCGAUGAAGAUUCUGAAGAAUGCAUCACUAAAGGACGGAAUGUGGCGCUGAACGCUUUUUAUAGAAUAGCAAGAAAUACGAUGAGCAUGUAUUUUAAAACGAAUGAACCCACACCUCAAGAGGUGGAACAGGAAUAUUGGAAGUACGUGGUGUUGCGAGAGAAUCACAUUUGCGUCCAUUCUGGAUCGAUAGAUUGCGGAAAUUGGGGUUACGGGUUUCCCGUGACGAAAAAUAGCCCGUUUGCCAAACAUCCGUGGAAUCUUAAAAUGUUGACUAACAACACUGGAUCUAUCCUUCGCUCUUUGGGACCGUUGAUGGGUGUCACAGUACCAACUCUGCACUUCGGCAUGGUAUUCAGCGCCUGCUGUUGGUACCGAGACCCGCACGGCCUUCCCUGGAUCGAAUACCUACACACAGGCGGCACAAAAAUCUGGUACGGCGUUCCCAACUCCAUGGGCGAUCAAUUCCACGCGGCUCUAAAAACGCUCGUGCCGAAUUAUUGCAAAAACAAAGAACUCUGGCUGCCCUCCGACACCAUAAUGGUACCGCCGAACCUGUUGGUCGAAAACAACGUCUCGUUGUGUCACUCGGUGCAGGAACCCGGUCAGUUCAUCGUAGUGUUCCCCAAGGCUUUCACUUCCAGCAUCAGUACGGGUUAUGUAGUGUCCGAGAGCGUCUUUUUCGCGCCGACGUACUGGCUCAGAACUGCUCGGGCGCUGUUCGACGGUUUGAGACGCAGCAACGAACCCGCCAUGUUCUCUUUGGAACGGCUGCUGACGAGCGUGGUCAAUGAUGGAAAAUGUAACGUGGAAAUCGUGCGACAGACAUUGCCGCUCGUUCAGGAAUUGUGCGGCGGUGAGCUGAACAGGAGAGAACGGUUGGCGAAGAUGGGCGAGGUGGUCAGGGAGAAGUUGCCCAUACCGGAGGUGGCUAAGGGAAAGAAGAAGAAAUUCCAGCAAGGCGAUGAGGGGGAUUAUGAGUGUGAGAUAUGUAGGUGCAGUCUGUUUUUGUCUAUGAUGUUCGAUACGGUGGAAGGCAUAACCUAUUGCCUAGAUCACGCCAAUGAGAUGAUGGAGAAAAAGGAACUGGAACUCGGUAAUUGCAAGUUCAUGUACACCUAUGACGAUGAAGAACUAAAAUCGUUACCAGAGAGGGUAAAAAUCUCGUUGGACACCAGAUUGCAAAAAAAGGUGCCAAACAAGUUUGCUGGUAUGCCGACUCUUCUCGGAAGGAAUUGAAUGUGUGAAGUAAAUAACGAGGAACAUGUUUUAAUUUGAUAUCUACGUUGAUUGUCGUAAAUGUUGUAGACCAUAGAUAGAGGCAGGAAUCGUUGUAUCUUGUAUCGGAAAAUAUAUGUGUUGAAAUACUUGUUAAAAUUAAGAAAAUUGUUUCGCCUGAAUUUCAGUUAAUUUCAAGGAAAUUUUUCCGAUUUUUAAGGAUUAUGUAUAUAUUUCAGUUUCAAUUUUUGUAAUACUUAUUUUUUUAGAAUUUGUAUAUGGUAUUUGAUCCUUUUGAAAAUCAUGCUUAAAAAAUGAAAAAGAAAAUGUCAAUUGAACAUUUAAAGAGACAUUGCAAUGUGUUUGCUUAUUUUUUUAAUUUUACAAUUAUAAGAAAUAAUUUAUGUGUAUAAAUUGUAUUUCCCGUUAAAUGUUUCUGAUAUGAUAAAUGUGUGCAUUCUUAAGUAAAGGUGUAUUUAAAAAUCAUUUAAAAAAUUGGGCUUUAUUUUUAAUUCAAUUUGCGUGCUUUAAGAGAAUUUUGAGUUAAAAAGUUAUAAAAAUAUUGAAAAAGUAAAAAAGCUAUUUUACUUCUGCUCAUUUCUUUCCAUGAAGAUUUUUCGAAUUUCUAAAAACCAAAAUUAGGUAAAAAAAAGAUGUGAUAUAUGUUUAUUAAUUUAUUUUUAUUUGUAAUUUUUAAGACUUAAUUUACAAUUGGUAGAUUUAUAUUUUAAAAAAGACCUGUCUACUUUUUUAUAAAAUUGAAACUUUAUAGAUUUGGAUAAACUGGAGGUAGAUAUGUCGGAAUUCCAAAAAUUUAUAUUUUCUUAAAUUAAUAUGGGCGGAUUUUAUGCAGUUUAAUUUUAUACGAUGGCUAAGUUAAAACAUGUACUUUUAUAGCUACUAAAUGCUUAGUUAAGUAGCUAAUCAAAAAAUUACAUCUUUUUUAGCAACUAUUUGAAAAAAUUGCUAACUGUUUUUUAUAGCAACAAUUUUAAUAGCUAUUGAAAAUUGGUAUUUUUUUAUAGUGACCAUAAAAUAAAAUGGAAAUACAUUUUUUGACAAUUAAAGGGAUCUUGAACAAAAUGGCACAUCAUUUUUUUGGCGAAUUUUGGCUAUAUUUAUAACAACUUAAAAAAAUGAAUGUUUUAUACCUAUGCGAGUAAAAAUGGUAAUUGACAUAUAUAUUUAUUUUUUUUUUCUCGCAACUAUUCUAAAAAUGUGAUAUUAUUAUGGUUGCUAUUAAAAACAAUUACGAAUGAUUAAGACUUUAGAAAACGAAUGUUUUAACAGUGAUUAUGUUAUAAAAUCUGCCUGUUCAAUUUUGAGGUUAAGGUAAGAAUUAAAAGACCGAGUCCACUUUUUGUGACCCAAUGACCAGAAUAACUUAUAUUUAGUCAUAAGACUAUAAAAAUUUUCUAACAAAAGAACAGAUAUUAAGAAAAAAAUACUCAGUUUAUAUUACUUGCAUUUUGCAUAGUAUUUCACUCUAAAAAGUGUACUCCCUCUUUCAUUUACAAUAUUUUUUGUACAAAUGUUCAAAGUUUUAAUAAAUGUAAAUAAAUAAUUAGUUUGUUUUCUUUUUACACAAUUGACAAAAAUAUUUGUUUUUUUAUAUACAUUAGUGUAAGAAGAGACUAUGGAAUAUUUACAAUUGAAUAAAUAUUAAUUGGUUUUGUCGAAAGGACUAGAUAAUUCUUUUUUAUAUAUACUAUGUGCGAAAUAUAUCUAUAGUAUGAUUCAGUCUCAAAUUGAGAUUAGUGCUUGUUAACAACUAUUGAGUAACUAUUUACCCAAGUAACAGUAUUGCCAUUAACAAAUAUAUAAAUUUACAAUUAUUUUCUACAAUUCCUUGAUGUCCUAAAAAAAGCUGUUAAAAUUAAUCCAUAUGAAAGGGGAUGAUUUAAAAAAAUUAAUAUUAAGUAUUUAUAAAACCAUUUUAAACCUUUCAUAAUCUCAGGGAUAGUAAAUAUUUUAAUCAUAGCUUCAGGAUUUUACAAUAUUAAUAUUUUUUUAAUUAACCCUGGGUCAAAUGAUAUCUGCUGCACAUAUACAGCAUGUUAAAGUUAAAAUAUAUUUGGUCGGGUUAUAUUUUUGGGCUAGUAAAUGAUAGUGUAUUAUAUUAUCAAUUUUGAGAUAAGACAAAGAAGGCGCCAUAUACUCUAUGCCUUUUUUUUCUUGGUUUUCUAAAUUUUUCAAAUCUUUAUAAUAUACCAUGUUUAUUUAAACAAAAAAGUAUACUUGUUUUAAUAGCAUAAAUUUCACCAUUUCGAGAAAUAACGACCCUUCCAAUCCUAUCUUCUCAAGGAUGUGGAGUAGCUUCAUUAGGUAGAUCGACCUCUUCUAUUUAGUAUGCUCCUAUGCCCUUUGAUUCUGAAGUGCUACACAUUCAGUAAGAAUGUGGAUGGAGGAAUUAGAGCAUUUUCGGAAUUUCCACAUCUACAUACAAAUUAUACUGCGGCACAUCUCUAAUUAAACACUCAUUUCAGAAUUAUCAACACUCUGGAGCAAAAUAGCUUCCUAAUGCUCAAUAUACAGUCAAAUCGGGUAACUUUGGACCAAUGGGGCAACAUUAGACCAGACCAUGAAUAAAACUUUUGAUUUUUUUUUUAUAAAUUAUGUUUCUAUAUAUGUUCCAACACAAACGUAUAUGGGUGAAAUGCCACUAAAGAAAGGUUCUAAAAAAGAUGAUAUUAUUUUGCUGGUGUCCUUGUCAACUUAAAUACAAAUUAAUUAUAACUAAUAACUGACCUGAGGUCUCUACAUUAAAACUAAUAUGGUUUAAUCUUACCCGUAGCCUUUAAAUUGUAAGAAAUCAGUAAUUUAUCUCGAUAAAAAUACUUUGGUCAAUGUUACCCCAAAUCCAAUAUAACUUUGGACCAUACCCAAAAAUAAUUUUUUUUUAUAUUAUUUACAAUAAAUUUUAUUUUUUUUUUUAAUUUAAAAUUCAUAUAGAUAAUUUUACAGGAACACCAGUAGGUGCAUUAUUUAAUAUAAUUGUGCAACAAUAAUAAAUAAAUUCAGAUUUAUAAUAAAAACCGGGUCCAAAGUUACCCGAUUUGAAUAAUUUUUAAAACGAAAUUAACCUGUUUUACCCAACCCUACCGCAGUAGUACGUCCCGAAAAAAAUUCUGUUUAGCCCUUAGUGGGUAAAUCGCAUGCCUACUAUGAAAUUAAAAAUAUAGCCAUUCAGGCGCAAGGUCUAGGCAGGGUAGUGGUUCCUCAACUUGUAUCUCAUCUCUCACAUGCAUGUGUAAAUAUUGCAAUUUAGGCGUAACUCAUGUCUCACGUGCAACCAGUUUCUUGGCCCAUACCUGGAAACUCAUGCCUUAGAUGAUAAAUCUGAUGGCACCAAUGGAUUAUGCACACAAAGUUCCUUCGUGGGUGACUAUCAGUUCUUUUUCCUCUGAACCUUGCAAACAAUAACAAAUUGUAUUGCCUGGUCUGUCUAAAGGCGCCGUUCAAAGUGAAAAUACUUAUAUAAAAUUGUUCUUGAAUUUUAUUGGAUUUCAUGCUAUUUAUUCAAGAAAUUCUAAUAGAGACUGCGGCGUGUUUUAAGGCCUUAAAAAAUGUAAAAAACCCAAUAACACCUUUUAUCUCAGUAUUAUACAAUAGGUAUGUUAAACCAUGGACCAUUCGAAAUAAAGAUGAGAUGUUUAAUUAUAUUUCGAUGGUCUAAUUCUAAUACGCCGUAUCUUCAAAAAAUUAAAAUUUUACUUUUUAAUGCCAUUCGGUUGUAAUUUACUCUGUUAUAAGUUUAAAUACAUCGUAUUGGCUUUGGACAUUAUUGGCGUGAGAAAUUUUACCAUUCUAAUAACCCAUAUUGCAAUCAUACUUAGCAUUUAAUAAUAAUAAUAAUAAAUUGCCUUUAUUUGCUUGUAAUAUACAAUGCACAUAAACAUCAUGAGGCGAAGUCUAGCUUGCGCUACUCAACUUAACCUCAACAUAAAUAUAAAUUUAAAAUAAUCAAAAGGUAUCCAUCAUUUACAAUAUAAAAAAAAUAAGAAAUUUAAUAUACAAUUAAUUUAUGAUUAAAAAAAUGUUAACCCUGUAUUUAAUCUAAACUGAAAUCAAUGGAACUUAAAAUACAAUUAAAUAAGGAAAAAUGUUUGAAAUUAAUAAUAUAUUAACGUUAGCACAGUAUUCAUUGCUCGACUAAUAGCAACAUUUUAUAAUUUUGUUUUAAAAAUGUCAGAGAACAUGUCCUAAUUUCCCUAGGUAGACUGUUAUAUAUUGAAAUGGCGUUAUAUGUGAAAGAUCUUUUGAAAAAUGAUAAUCGGUAAUUCGGAAUCGUUAAGUUGUGUGGAUAUCUCAAAUGUAAACUGUGCAGAUUUUUCCGAUAUAUCAAUUUAUUUUUUAAGUAUAUGGGAGUUGAGGUUAAAAGAAUUCGAAAUACCGUGGCCGCCAUCUGAUAUUUAAAUAAAUUUCCUAUAUUGAGCCAGCUAAGUUCUUUAAUUUUAUUUGAUAUUCUAUCAUACUUUCUGAUACCAAAUACAAAACGACAACAACUAUUUUGAAUCUUUUGAAGUCUGUAUUUGGUUAUUUGAUCCAAACAAGGAUAGUAAAUUAAAAGUCCAUAAUUUAGGAUGGACAAAUACAAGACUUUCACAAAGCAACUUACGUAAUUUGAAACUCAAAAUACCUCGAUUCCUGUAUAAUUGACGAAUAACCAGAUACGAUUUUUUGACUAGAAGCGAAACAUAGUCCUGAAACCUUAAUUUGCAGUCAUAAAUAAUGCCUAAGUUUUUGGCACUUCUACAUGAUUUUAGAGGUUCAUUUUGAAUGAAUAACUUAAGGUUCUGUUGCACAUUAUGUUCUAUAUUUUUAGGAAAAAAUAAUAUUGUAUGAGAUUUACUGGCAUUUAGUUUAAGGUUAUGAUUCAUAGAAAAUAUAUAUACUGCAUUUAGAUC